AGAGGAAGUGCUGCUUGUGCUGAAGGAACGACUAGGAGCGCAACACACAAGGACGCGGCGCGAGUGCGAACGAGGGCAGCCCGCGCAAAGAGGUGCACCUGUAAUUCACGCUGCUCACUCGCCGAUGUGCGGAUAGUGUGAGAGCAUCCAGAAGACGUAUUCUACACCACGCGCAUACCCAUGCUUGGGAUUUGGCUUUCUUUUUCUUCGCUAAUGCAAAAGGAAAUAUGCAGCGAAGCCUCACACUGCUCUACACCAGUUUUCUGGGAUUGUGCUUCGGGUCCAGUUUCCCAAGUAAUAUCAACAUAGGAGGGUUAUUCCCAACCGAAUCACACGAAUAUGAAGUGUUUCGGUUUGCGCUCUCGCAUCACCAGGAUAUCCCUAAACUGGUACCUCAAGUGGAUAUGGUCAAAAUGGGCAAUAGCUUCUCCAUGACAUAUGCUUUCUGUUCGCAGUUCUCCAAAGGAGUGUACGCCAUCAUCGGCGUGUACGACAGGAAGACCGUCAACAUGUUGAUGUCGUUCUGCGGUGCGCUACACGUCUGCUUCGUGACGCCCAGCUUCCCCAUGGAAAACUCCAACCAGUUUGUUAUCCAGUUGAGACCCGAACUGCAGGACGCCCUGGUGGGCGUAAUCAAACACUACAAGUGGUCUAGGUUCGUCUACAUGUACAGCUCGGACUCUGGACUGUCAGUUCUGCAGAAGGUUCUGGACACAGCAGCAGAGCAUAACUGGCUGGUGACCUCUGUGAAUGUGGAGACAAUGACAGAAGCGUCCUUCCUCGAAGUGUUCCAGGACCUGGACAAAAAGAAGGAGGGCCAGAUCAUCAUCGACUGUGAGCUGGAGAGACUCACCUCCAUCCUGAAGAAGAUCAUUGAGCUGGGGAAGAAUGUGAAGAGCUACCACUACAUCCUAGCAAACCUGGGAUUUCUGGACAUCGACCUGACCGAGUUUAAGAAGGGUGAGGCGAAUGUAACAGGGUUCCAACUGGUGAACUAUGCAGACCCUAACAUCAGUAGGAUAGUGCAGCAGUGGAUGGACUUUGACAACAAAGACGCCAAAGUUCCCAAGCGCAGACUGAAGUAUACUGGAGCUCUCACAUAUGAUGGAGUCAAAGUCAUGUCCACAGCCUUCCAGAACCUCCGCAGGCAGAGGAUAGAUAUAUCUCGCCGUGGAAAUGCUGGAGAAUGUCUGGCCAACCCACCAGCACCUUGGGGCCAAGGCAUCGAUAUUCAGAGAGCACUUCAGCAGGUUCGGAUUGAAGGCCUAACGGGACACAUUCAGUUUAACGAGAAAGGACGAAGGACAAACUACACUGUCAGUGUGAUGGAGCUCAGGCCGACGGGACCGAAAAAAGUGGGUUACUGGAAUGAGGAUGAGAAAUUUGUGAGCACGGCGGCCUACAUGCCAGGCAGUAAUGACACUUACGGACUUCAGAAUCGCACAUAUAUUGUUACCACUAUUCUGGAAUCGCCAUAUGUCAUGCUGAAGAAGAACCACGAGCAGUUUACAGGAAAUGAUAAGUAUGAAGGUUACUGUGUGGAACUGGCAGCUGAGAUAGCCAAACACGUGGGAUACCACUACAUACUCAAGAUAGUGGCUGAUGGGAAAUAUGGAGCCAGAGAUCCUGAGACCAUGAUGUGGAAUGGGAUGGUGGGAGAGCUUGUCUAUGGUAAAGCUGACGUAGCUGUGGCCCCACUGACAAUCACCCUGGUCAGGGAGGAAGUCAUUGAUUUCUCCAAGCCCUUCAUGAGCCUUGGCAUCUCCAUCAUGAUCAAAAAGCCUACCAAGUCCAAGCCUGGUGUGUUCUCCUUCCUGGACCCUCUGGCCUAUGAGAUCUGGAUGUGUAUUGUGUUUGCCUAUAUUGGUGUGAGUGUGGUGCUUUUCCUAGUCAGCCGCUUCAGUCCCUACGAGUGGCACGCAGAGGACUGCGAGGAAGGAGCUGAGCAGAACCCUAACCAGCCCUCCUCGUCAUCCGCGCAGCCGGGUCAGGGCCAGCAGACCCAGAACCAGCAGAGUCAGGAGCAGACCAACGAGUUUGGCAUCUUCAACAGUCUCUGGUUCUCAUUGGGAGCUUUCAUGCAGCAGGGCUGUGAUAUUUCCCCCAGGUCACUCUCUGGCCGUAUCGUUGGUGGUGUGUGGUGGUUCUUCACUCUGAUCAUCAUCUCCUCAUACACAGCCAACCUAGCUGCUUUUCUCACAGUGGAGAGGAUGGUGUCACCCAUCGAGAGUGCAGAGGAUCUGGCCAAACAGACUGAGAUUGCUUAUGGGACUCUAGAUGCCGGCUCCACCAAAGAGUUCUUCAGGAGGUCAAAGAUCGCAGUCUUUGAGAAGAUGUGGUCCUAUAUGAAGUCUGCAGACCCCUCAGUGUUUGUGAAAACCACAGAUGAAGGAGUUAUACGGGUGAGGAAAUCCAAAGGGAAGUACGCCUACCUGCUGGAGUCCACCAUGAACGAGUACAUCGAGCAGCGCAAACCCUGUGACACUAUGAAGGUCGGAGGAAACCUGGACUCCAAAGGCUAUGGCAUCGCCACCCCCAAAGGAUCCCCUCUCAGAAACCCAGUAAACCUGGCAGUGUUAAAACUGAAUGAACAAGGCCUGUUGGACAAAUUGAAAAACAAAUGGUGGUACGACAAGGGAGAGUGUGGCAGCGGAGGAGGUGAUUCCAAGGACAAGACCAGUGCUCUUAGCCUCAGCAAUGUGGCUGGGGUCUUCUACAUUCUGAUCGGCGGUCUGGGUCUGGCCAUGCUGGUGGCCCUGGUGGAGUUCUGCUACAAGUCCAGAACAGAGUCCCACAGAAUGAAGCAAUCCAUCAAUGACGCCAUGCGCUGCUCCACGCUGACCAGGAUGAGCGGGAACGGUAGCGGUGGGGAGAAUGGGCGGAUUGUCACACAUGACUUCCCCAAAGCUGUGCAGACGCUGCCGUGCAUGAGCCACGCGGCCAGCAUGGGCCUGGGAGCCUCUGGCAUGUGACCAUCUUGACGGAGUGGCACGCGUCACAUGUAACACACGGACCUCCCGUUCACCUGCCGUCUGCCCCUAUGUCUGUCUGCCCACCCGCAACAGAUGCACCGUACUGCCAAAAUGCACUCGAAGACUCUUCUCAGUGAAUAGCCACCAAUAAAACUAUUUUCUAAAGAAAAACAAAACAUUAAAAAAGGGGGGGAAAUGUGCUGCAAUAACAAGCCUGUGGGACUCUUUUGGGGAAAAAAAGUGUUCGUUUAUGUCAUGAAUUCAGAAAACAAAAAAAAGAGAAGUCUUGUGUCCGAUUCGACACUCGCGCUGUGCCAAUAUUUAUAAACCUGUUUACUUCUGUCUGAGUGUGCAAUAUUUUAGUUCAUAUCAGUGUUCAGCAAUGUUGUCUUUAACUUGAAUUUCUUUACAAAGAUUAGCUCACAGAGAUGUUUUUUUUUUUUUUGCACAAAUAUGUUCUAUGAAAUGACAAAAGCAAGUUCAUUUUCCUUAUACUUACCAGAAAAGAGUUAGAGAAGCUAACAAGCAAGAUCUUACAGUAUAUGGAUCCAGUGCACCGUAAACAACAUUGCUAUUUCUCUCGGUCACUCUACGUAUUGAAGAAACAUAUCAGCUCAUUUAAUGACCUGUCCAUAGUGUAAAUACUCCGAUGUAAAUCUGAUACUGAGUGAGGGAUAAAUUUGAUUUGUUGUCGAUCGUUAGAGCAUAGCGGAACUGAACUUGUUGAUUAUCUUGCUCUGUAAUUUCCCACCUCAUGGACCUUGCAUAGCUGCUACGCCUCGUUUCAGGCACCAUACCUCAUCAGAGACCUGGGAGCGAGCCGCCACAUGUUUUGAUUGCCAGCUCUCUUAGGACGGAGUCAAAUUUGACCUCCUUUGACUUUUGGUAAAUGUGCUUUAAUGAGCUAGUUUGUCCCAAACACAAACCAUCAGAUCUCGUUAAAGUGAAGCCAUUGAGACUACAUUAAGAAAAGUUCAUUUGAAUGAUGUCGCUGUAACAAAAAGGGUACUUUUUACAAAAAUGUAUUCAUAUAAGACUAUGCCUGCAUGGAAUAUCAAGAGAUUUCCACCAAAUCCAAAUGCCCAUUAUUCAGGACAUUUGGCUAAUUUAAUAAUACUAAGAGAGUGUAGCACUCUCCCCAUAAUCAGUGCAAAAAUUAAAAAAAAAUAAUAAUACAAAAUACAUCUAUGUGGGCCUACAUGUGACAUGGCUUAAAGGGACCCAAAAUGAAAAAUCUGUCAUCAUUUACUCAGCCUCAUGUUGUUCCAAAAGACACCCGUAUGACAUUUUCUUAGGUGUACACAAUAAAAUAUUUUCCAUAUUUUAUGCCCAUCAUAUGCAAUGUCUGGAGCCCACUGACUUUCUGUAUAUGAACAAAAACAUUGCUACCUAUUUAGUUUUACACAGAAGGAGGUCAUACAGGUUUGGAACAACAUGAGGGUGAAUAAAUGACAGAUUUUUAAUGUUUGAGUUGACUAUAAGUUGUUUUCUGUUAAUAGAACUAACAAAGAAAAGAGUGCAGAACAGCAACAGGAUCCAAAUACUGGUGAAACAUAGGCUGUUCUGUCCUAUAUACACACACUGUGCGACAAGGCUCCUCAUGAGAUGAUAUUUGUGGAGAUAUCAUUGAUCGGCUACUGGGGCCAAACUGACCUUUCUGAGCUCUUGGCUUCAUCACUGCAGGCUUUCAGAACAUGGCUUCCAGCUCUACCUAUUCAGCCUUCCCCUGCACACUGCCAUUGUACUGCGAAACAUGACACACUGUGUGGCCAUCAAAACGCUUAUAUUUCUCUGGCUUUUUCUUUCCAUUUUCUUCACGUUUUAUUAGGCACAGAACACUGCGGUCCUUUAUGGCCUCAUGUGAGAGCAGUAUUUUAUAAGCAGUAAAAGAUUUGUAAAGUUAGUGAGACAUUUAACAUUUAUACCGCUGUGAGAUUUUGAAGAGUUGAUUGAACUAGUGUUUUACACUUUGUGACGCAAUGUUACUCGGAUAUUCUCACUGAUAAGGGUGUUGAUUUUGAUUAGUUAAGAGAGAAAUGGAUUCUUUGUGUUUCUGCUAUAAAUGUUGAAACUUCUUAUUUUGGGGUUUUUCAGUGCAAAAUUUAUUCUUCAUACUCACCUACUUCUUGAUGAUUCCACAGUCUUGAGCAUUUUAUUUGGGAUGUUUUUUGUUUGUUUUAUUUUAUUGUUAUCUUUUUUAUCAUUAAUAAGAGAUGUGGUUGAAUCAAAUUUACUGGAAAUUACAUUCAAUCAAUAAUGAAUAAAAC